AUCAUAUAAAUUAUAAACGGUGAAGAGAAAACAAAUGUUUUUAUAUUUUUAAAUAGUUAUUCUUUGUUGAAUCUAAUUAAGGUUUUAAUUUACUUAUUUAAGAAAUAACAACAUGAAUGAUCCUGAGUUGCAAAGAAUUCGUGAGCAGCGAAUGGCUGAGCUGCAAGCUCAACAUGGGGGUGGAGAUCCUAAUCAAGCAAAGGCUCAGCAAGAAAGAAUGAAGGCAAUGGAAGAUGCUAGACACACAAUACUGUCACAAGCCCUUAGCCAAGAUGCUAGAACCAGAUUAAAUAUAAUAAAACAUAGUAAACCAGAAAAAGCAGCUAUGGUGGAAAAUAUGAUCUGUAGAAUGGCGCAGAUGGGCCAACUGAGUACUAAAAUAUCUGAGCAGGAACUGAUUCAAUUGUUAGAGUCUGUUAACCAGCAGAUGCCCAGGUCUACAAGUACUGUAAAGUUUGACAGAAGAAGAGCGGCUCUUGAUUCAGAUGAUGAUGAUUUGUAGGAUACUCAUGAAAGCAAUACUAAUGCCUUAUUUAACAAAACCUGGGAGUGUUUCAAACAAUAUGUAAUAUAUAUUUUUGCAAAGAUUGAGUAUGGUAUAAUAUUCUCUAAUCUAUUUACUAAUGGCACUAGGAAUUCACAAUAAUUUGUGAUUCUAGAUUCAUGCCCUUAUUAUAGAAUUUCAAUAUCACUUAAACUUAUUCUCAGAAAGCAAAAUUAGAAAAAAAAAUUGAGUGAAUUGUGUCAUUGUAUUAAAUACAGUUUUGUGGGUAUUAUGUUUAUAUCUGUUGGUCAAAAUAUAACUCAAAUCUAUUCGGUAACUUUGUUUUAAAUACUUUUAAGUCAACUAUGAGUUCUUUUUUUUUCAUAAGCUUGUGUAUGAAAUGAAGAUUUUGUGUCAUUAAUUAUCUCUGUUCAGAUUAAGCCAGUUUUGUUUAAGGUAAUCUAAAAACUUAAUAGAGCAACAUAAAUUGAAGCUUUCUAAAGGUUUCAAAUACAUGAUAGCCUCUAUAUUGUAAAAAAAAUUGUAUGUAUGUGUAUUUUUUGCUUUGCUGUCUAUUUAACUUUUGAUUAAAGUAUGCCCAAAAA